CCCACUCCUUCCGAGUUCCGACCCUCCCCCACGCCCGCCGCCACCUUCUCGACUCGACCCUCCCCUCCUUCCAUUCAAUUCGUCCCAUUCGCCUCCGCCGCGUCCUUCCCACGCACAAGCACAAACCCCUUAAACCCUAGGCCAACCGGCGGCGAGCGGCGGAGAUCACUAGAUGGAUCCCGACAGCGUGGCGAAGGCGUUCGUUGACCACUACUACACGACGUUCGACACCAACCGGGCGGCGCUGGUGGGGCUGUACCAGGAGGGCUCCAUGCUCACCUUCGAGGGCACCAAGUUCAUGGGCGCCGCCGCCAUCACCGGGAAGCUCACCUCCCUCCCGUUCACCGCGUGCAAGCACCAGGUCACCACCGUGGACUGCCAGCCAUCCGGCCCCGGCGGCGGCAUGCUCGUCUUCGUCUCCGGCGCACUGCAGGUCGCCGAGGGCGAGCACCCUCUCAAGUUCUCCCAGAUGUUCCAUUUGAUGCCAGUUGGACCAGGGAACUUCUACGUGCAGAACGACAUGUUCCGACUGAACUAUGGUUAAGAGCCUUCGUUCGGGAUUCCGCAUAGUUUUCCUCCCUACCAUGGAAGUCUCGUAGAAUGCUUUGCAGAAACAAUCUAGUUUUGUUGUUGUGUCGAACGAUGUACUGCUUCAGUUUCAGCGACUUUCUGAUCCAUUGCAAGUAACUUCGGGUUCCAAUGCCGAUCAUUACUUCAGAAUGUCAUUUUCCUUGUCUGACUUUGUUUACACUCUGGCAGUGGUGCCAGGUUUAUGGUGGGCGUUGCCAAUAAAGUUUUAUCAGAUUUAUGGAAUGCAA